AUGAUCCGCGACGAAAACACCAACCGCGCCGACUUCAUCUUCUACAGCAACCGCAUCAACCGGCUCCUCGUCGAAGAAGCCCUGAAUCACCUCCCCGUUCUACCCCACACCAUCACCACCCCCGUCGGUCGCUCCUACGCCGGCGUGAAGUUCGAAGGCAAGAUCUGCGGUGUUUCGAUCAUGCGUGCGGGCGAAGCGAUGGAGCAAGCGCUACGGGAAUGCUGUAGGAGUGUACGGAUCGGCAAGAUUCUGAUCCAGAGGGAUGAGGAGACGAGUCAGCCGAAGUUGUUUUAUGAUAAGUUGCCUGAGGAUAUUAAGGAGAGGUGGGUUUUGUUGUUGGACCCUAUGCUUGCUACUGGUGGAUCGGCACUGAUGGCUGUUGACGUGUUGCGAUCGAGAGGUGUACCCGAAGAGCACAUCUGCUUCCUCAACCUCAUCGCAUCACCCGAGGGUGCCGCGAACUUUGCGCAAAAGUUUCCGAAGGUGCGGAUCGUGACGGCUUUCGUGGAUCAAGGCUUGAAUGAGAAGAACUACAUCGUACCAGGCCUAGGCGAUUUUGGUGACAGGUUCUACACUCUAUAA